AUGAAUCUUCUUCAGACUGGCGCUCGGCAAAACAAAGCUGCAUCUUUCUGGCUGCUGAAGUUCGGUUUCAUCUGGCUCGUUAGUCAGAACUGUUGUACAGCAAGUGCAGUUUGGACUGCCUACAUGAACAUAUCAUUUCAUGUCGGGAACCGCAUGCUGUCAGAGCUUGGGGAGACCGGGGUCUUUGGAAGAAGCUCCAUUUUGAAGAGAGUGGCAGGAGUUGUUGUGCCACCAGAGGGAAAAACUCAAAAUGCUUGUGAUCCCAAUACCAGUUUCAUCCUGCCAGUUAACCAGGAGCCAUGGAUUGCACUCAUUGAACGGGGAGGUUGUGCUUUCACACAGAAAAUUAAGGUGGCAUCUGAGAACGGAGCCAGGGGAGUGAUAAUCUAUAACUUCCCAGGUACUGGCAAUCAGGUUUUCCCCAUGUCUCACCAGGCAUUUGAAGACACUGUCGUAGUUAUGAUCGGUAACUUAAAGGGCAUGGAAAUUUUACAUUUAAUUCGGAAGGGAGUUCAUGUUACAGUCAUGGUUGAGGUAGGGAGAAAACAUAUCAUCUGGCUGAAUCACUAUUUUGUCUCCUUUAUGAUUGUCACAACCGCUACGUUAGCAUAUUUCAUCUUUUACCAUAUUCGGAGACUUUGGGUUGCAAGAAUUGAGAACAGGAGGUGGAAACGAUUAACAAGAGAGAUCAAGAAAGCUUUUGGCCAGCUGCAGGUGAGAGUGUUGAAAGAGGGCGACGAGGAAGUAAAUCCAAAUGCAGAUAGCUGCGUCAUCUGCUUUGAACCCUAUAAACCUAAUGAUAUAGUUCGUAUUCUCACUUGCAAUCAUUUUUUCCACAAGAAUUGCAUUGACCCCUGGAUUCUAGCCCAUGGCACAUGCCCCAUGUGCAAAUGUGACAUUCUGAAAGCUCUGGGGAUUCACAUGGACAUUGAGGAUGGAAUAGACUCUCUUCAAGUUCUGAUGUCAAAUGAGCUGCCUGGAACCUUUUCACCCAUGGAAGGCGAGACGAGUAACGAAGUUCCUCUCCCGAGAGCUUCAGGCAAGGUGACCCACAUCCUGGAGCACCCCACUUCUGCGAACUCUGGUAGCCAGGCUCCUGCAGCAGAGGAAACCAAUCACCCUUCGCUCGGACAACGUGACCUUUGA